AUGACUGGCGGGUGGUUCUGCGCCGGUCCGGGCUGGAACUUCCUGCGUUCCAGGCCAGCCAGCCUGGCCCGGGCGGAGGGUCGAGCGCCCACGUUACCCGGCCUUUUCGGAGCUAGGGAGCCGAGACCGGGGGGCUGGGCCCCUGCUCCACCCGGCGCCCAGGGACUCGCGUCCGCUAGGUCCGCCCGCGCCUCGCGUCGCACGCCGGCAUCAGCCGGGAGCCCAGGCCCGCCGUGCCCCGGGUCAGGCGAAGCUGACCGGUCUCCGCCGACUCCGCUGCGAGCCCGGGCACGGAUGGCGGCAUUGGGCGCUGACCCGUCUCCCGCGGCUCCGCUGCGAGCCGGGGCAGCGAUGGUGGUGGCGGCGGCGCUCAGGGCCCCGGCACAGGGCUGUGUGACCUUUGAGGACGUGACCAUUGACUUCUCCCAGGAGGAGUGGGGGCUCCUUGAUGAGGCUCAGAGGCUUCUGUACUGCGAUGUGAUGCUGGAGAACUUUGCCCUCAUAGCCUCGCUGGGUCUGACGUCUUUCAGGUCUCACAUAGUUGCCCAGCUGCAGAUGGGGGCAGAGCCGUGGGUGCCUGACAGGGUGGACAUGACGUCAGCCAUGGCAAGAGGGGCAUACAGUGGACUUGUCUCCGGUUUUGGCUGUGGAGCGGAGGGUGAGUGUAGUGUGUCUGCAGAAGGAGUGUCACAGGACAGGAAGCUCAAAGUGGCUCUGUGUAACCAGAAGGACGACUCCCAUGACACAUGUGGCCUGCACUUGAAAGAUGUUUUGCACCUGACCGAACACCAGGCAACACAUCCCAGGCAGAAACCAGAUGGGUGUGAGGCAUCUGGGAAAGGGUCAGAGUCCAGUGCAAACCUUCAGCAGCAGCAGAACAUAGACAAGCCUGUCAGAAGGGAUGAGGAUAGGGCCUCCCUUGUGAAGAGCUGCAGAGAUGACACAUCAAAGGAGCCUCUCACAGUCAGGGAGAAUGGGAAGGACUUCGGCGGCGGUAUGGCCGCAUCCGGCUUUCUCCAGCGCCAGGUCGUUCACAGAGUGGAGGAGCCUCCCCAGAGCACUGGUGCACAAAAUCAUAACAAGUGUGGUGAAUUUGGGAACGCUUUCCCUGACAAACCCGCACCUGUUCGGCACCAGAGAACCCACACGGGGGAAAGGCCUUUUGAGUGCAACAAAUGUGGGAUAUUCUUUAGCCACGUGUCCGGUCUCUCUCAGCACCAGAGAGAUCACAACAGAGGAAAGCCUUAUGAGUGCUGCGAAUGUGGGAAGUUCUUCAGCCGACACUGUAGUCUCGUGAGACAUCAGAGUGUUCACACUGGGGAAAGCCCUUAUGUGUGCAGCGAAUGUGGGAAAUUCUUUAGCCGAAGCUCCAACCUCAUUCAGCAUAAGAGGGUGCACACUGGAGAGAAGCCUUAUGAGUGCAGUGAGUGUGGCAAGUUCUUCAGCCAGCGCUCCAACCUCAUUCAUCAUAAGCGGGUCCAUACGGGCAAAAGCGCUCAUAAGUGCAGAGAGUGUGGGAAGUCUUUCAACUGCAACUCCAGCCUCAUUAAGCACUGGAGGGUUCACACUGGAGAAAGACCUUAUAAGUGCAAUGAAUGUGGGAAAUUCUUCAGCCACAUCGCCAGUCUCAUCCAACAUCAGAUCGUCCACACUGGUGAACGGCCUUACAGGUGCAGAGAAUGUGGGAAAGCCUUCAGCCGGAGCUCUGACCUCAUGAAGCAUCAGAGAGUCCACACUGGGGAGCGGCCUUAUGAGUGCAGCGAAUGUGGGAAAUUGUUUAGCCAGAGCUCCAGCCUCCAUAGCCAUCGGAGACUUCACACAGGGGAACGGCCUUAUCAGUGCCCCGAAUGUGGGAAAUUCUUUAACCAAAGCUCCAGCCUCAGUAACCAUCGGAGGCUUCACACCAGUGAGCGGCCUUAUGAAUGCCUUGAAUGUGGGAAAACCUUCAGGCAGAGGUCUAAUCUGAGGCAACACCAGAAGGUUCACAAACCAGACAGGUCAUAUAAGUGCGGUGAAUGUGGAAAAGCCUUCAGCCAGAGGCCUACCCUCGUCCGGCACCAGAAAAUUCACAUGAGAGAAAGGAGUGCAGUGAGUGUGCACCCUCUUCCAGCACAACGAUGUGCACAGGUGAUAAGCUCUGAGAACAGUCUUUAGGAGGGGGCCAUCAACCAGAGGAUGAACCUUGUUCAUCCCAAUGUCCACAAUGGGCAGAGUCCCUAUGAAUGCUAGUUCUGCUGGAAGCUUUCUGGAACAAAGCAGCAUUUUUCUCACCAUGGAUUCUACCAGAGCUUUGCCACUGCGAGUGUUUGAGGUAGAAGCCAUAGAGCUCUGGCAGGUCUCCUAGAAUAUGUUUCAGCCAGUCCCUGUAUUCGGACUUCUUCCUUUUCUUAGAGGGAAUCCCGAGUAGCCUGAGGCCAAAGGAAGAUGUCAUUCCUUCCCUCUGUGACCAGCAUAGCUAUGGACAUGACCCCCAUAUCUUUGACUGUGAAGACCUGAGCUGGGUUCUGCAGGCGGCUUGCAGAGAAGGUUUCCCUUCUUUCAAAGACAUGGCUGAUCUCAUACGAUGCUCAUGAUGGAUUUAUCCAGACUCCACAUUAUCCAUCCCAACAAUCACCUACUUUACAUUGCCUUAAUGAUCAAGCCACCUUUAAUCCAAUGUGUUUUGAUCACUGUGAAGUGGGUUGAGAACGCAGUUGAGGUCUACCAAACGAAAAGGGUUUCUAAGUGUAUUGCCUCGGAGAAAGAGCAGGAUGGUGGAGAAUAGCUCUCGGUCCAGAUUUGGCCUCCUUUGUGUUGCUACUCAAGGUCUCCUGGGAAAGAUGGUAGGACUUUGUGGGCCUAAUGUUGGGAUCUGAGUGGCAUGAAUUUUUGUGAGCCAGGGAUGACCCUGAGGACGGGGCAGUUGUGACAACCUCCUCUGCAUCUGGGAGCGGCAUGAAUAGGGCCCUGUGUUUCUAUGGGAUGCCUCAUGUUCCCUAGCACUGUUAAGUAGACACUGUUUACCUGACACUUGCCAAGGAGCCAUUUGUCUUGAAGUUUAGCCUCUGGUAGACAGGUGUCCUAAUUGUCGGAUUUACUGGCCCAGUUGAGACCAUAAUUUGUAGAAACACUGGGCGUGAGAGUAGAAUAGGCGAGUCUGUAGCAAGCUAGAGGGAAUGUGCCUGUUCUAAAAGUACAUCCACGAAUGUUCCUUUGAAUAUGACUGUGCAGGACUCAGGCUUUGCAGAAAUUCUCAGGACCUCCAGACCUCUGUCCUAUGACUUAGGUCACUGACAGAGCAAAUAUCUAAAGGUUUUGUGGGUACCAAGGCUCCCUGCACUUUUCGUGCCACAGCUGUUGCUGCUUUGGCGGGAGAAUGGGGCUGAGAGAAGGCAGAUCCUGUACUCCAGGGGUGUAGCAUUUGUCACAUAUCCAUUUUUGCUGCCAAGGCAUGAAAGAGAGAGAGAGAGUCAAUGUAGGAUUGCCAAAUCCUCUAAUUUCUGACAUGAACGGGAGAUCAGAUUUUUAUGUGCAACAAUUUCUUUAAAUGCUUUGUUGAGAUACAUUUGUCAUGCAACAGUCGUACGUAUUUGAUGUGCACUGUUUAAGAAGUUUUUCAGUAUAUAUACACUCAGGGAACCAACACAGAACCAUGACAAUGGACCUAUCUGUCACCCACAAAGCUACCUCAUGCCCUUUACUAUCCCUCCUUGCCUUCCUAGUAAACCAUUGAUUUCCUUUUCUUUCUUUCUUUUUUUUUAACUACAGAUUUGCUUGCCUUUCUUAGAAUUUUAUACAACUGGAAUCAUAAAGUAUUUAUACCUUAUUUUUGGUCUAUUUUCUUUCACAAUGUAAUCAUCUGAAGAAUUAUCCAUGCUGUAUGUAUGAACAGGUCAUUCUUUUUGCUGUUGCGUAGUGCUCUCAAAUGAAUCCAUCACAAUUUUUUAUGCUUUAUUUUUUUAAUUAAAAAAUCUCUGGCAAAAUACACAUAACAUAAAAUUUACCAUCCAGACCAUCUCUAAGUGCAUAGUUCAGGAGUAUUAAGUACAUUCAUUUUGUACAGCCAUCACCACCAUUCACAUCCCGAGCUCUUUUCAUCUUGCAAAACCAAAAGUCUGUAGCCAUUAAAUAAUAACUUCAAAGUCUCUCCCCCCUGCCAAGCCCCUGGAAACUGCCCUUCUACUUUCUGUCUUUCUGAACUUGACUACUUCAGGUACCUCCUAUGAGGAGAGUCAUCUAGUAUUUGUCUUUUUGUGGCUGGUUUAUUUCACUUAGCGUAAUGUCCUCAAGGUUCAUCCCUGUUUUAUGCCAUGUGUCAGAAUUUCCUUUCUUUUUAAGGCUGAAUAAUAUGCCAUUGUAUUUCUGUGCCAUAUUUUGCUUAGUCACUCAUCUGUCAAUGGUUAUUUGGUUUACUUCCACCUUUUAGCUGUUGUGAACCAUACAGCUAUGAACAUGUGUGUACAAAUAUCUCUUUGAGACCUUGCUUUCUAUUGUUGUUUUAUUUUUUAAGAUUGUAUUUAUUUGAGAGCAAGCAAACAGGAGAGAAAGAGGAGUAGGGUGAGGGGCAGUGGGAGAAGCCGACUCCCUGCUGAGCAGGGAGCCCAGUGUGGGUCUCUGUCCUGGUUUCCGGGAUCAUGACCUGAGCUGAAGGCAGACAGUUAACCAACUGAGCCACCCAGGCACCCCCUCGCUUUCUUUAUAGAUAUAUCUGGAAGUGGAAUUUCUGGCUCAUAUGGUAAUUAUAAUUUUAAUUUUUUGAGGAACCUCCAUACUGUUUCCCACAGUUGCUCUCUCAUUUUAUAUUCCUACCAAUGAUUCUGAUUUUUCCCCAUCAUCAGCAACGCUUGUUUUAUCUUUAAAAAAAUUGUUUUAAAUGCUUGAGUAGUAUCUGUCCUGAUAGAUAUAGUUUCCUUCUGUCCUAGCUUAUUGAGUGUUUUUAUCAUGAAAGGAUGUUGGAUUUUUCAAAUGCUUUCUUUGCAUUAGUUGAUAGGGUCCUAUGGUUUUUCCUUCCAUUAAUGUGUAUUACACCGAUUUUCAUAUGUUGAAACUUCCUUGCAUUCCAAGAAUAAAUCCCACUUAAACAUGGUAUAUAAUCCUUUCAGUAUGCUGCUAAAUUCUGUUUACUAGUAUUUUGUUUGCUAGUAUUUUGUUAAAGAUAUUUGUACCAAUAUUCAUAAUUAAUAAAUUGGUCUGUACUUUCCUUGUGUAUCAUUUGCUGGCUUUGGUAUCAGGGCAAAUGAAUUAGGAAUUAUUCUCUCCUCUUCCAAGAUUUUGGAAAAUCGUAACAAACAAUCAGUGCUAUUUCUUUAAUGUGUAUAAUUCCCCAAUAAAGUCACUGGGUCCCGCUUUGUUGUGGGGAGGUUUUUGGUUUUUAUUCAUUAUACAUUUUAUUCAUUAUACAUUAUUCAUUUUAUUCAUUAUUACUAAUUAUAAGUUUAUUCAGAUAUUCUCUUCAUGGUUCAGUAUUGAUAGGAUUUGUGUUUCUAAGGAUUGUCUAUUUCAUCUAGGUUCCAUUUUGUGUGUGUAUGUGUGUAUGAUUGUUCGUAGUACUCUCAUAAUCCAUUGUAUUUCUGUAGAAUUGGUAGUAAUGUCUCCACUUAUAUUUCUGAUUCUAGUAAUUUGAGUCUUCUCUCUUCUUUUAGUCACUGUAGCUAAAGAUUGGUCAAUUCUGUUAAUCUUGAUAAAGAACCGUCUUUUGGAUUUGUUUGUUUUUCUCUAUUGUUUUUCUAUUCUCUAUUUUUAAAAUUCUCAUUUAGUAUUUCUUAACUUUGCCUAACUCUUGGUUUAGUUCUUUUUCUAGUUCUCUAAGUUGCAAAGUAAGGUUGUUGAUUUGAGAUCUUUUUUAAUAUAAGCCUUCUUUCCUCCCUCCCUCCCUCCCUCCCUCCCUUCCUGUGCACGUGCCCAUAUGGGCAGGAGGUGGAGGGCCAGAAAGAGAGGAAGAGAAUCUUAAGCAGACUGUGCAUUGAGCGUAAAGCUUGACCUGGGGCUUGAUCUCACAAUCCUGAGAUCAUGACCUGAGCCAAAAUCAACAGUUGGAUACUUAAAAGACCGAACCACCCAGGUGCCCUAUGUUUUUGUUUUCUUUCAUCUUGGGUAUUUUCUAAUAUUCCUUGUGAUUUCUCCUUUGUUCCAUUGAUUGUUUAAGCAUGUAUUAUUUAAUUUCCACAAAUAUGUGAAUUUUCCAAUUUGCCUUUUGUCGGUUUCUAACUUCAUUCUGUUGAGAUUAAAUAGUUUGUAUAAUAUCUUUUGAAACCUAUUAAGCUUUAAUUUGUGACCUAAUGUGGUCUAUCAUGGAAAUGUCCCAUAUGCACUUGUGAACAGUGUUUUCUCUUGAUGGUGGCUAGAGUAUUGUGUACAUUUCUGUUAGAUCUGAUUGGUUUAUUUGUGUUGUUCAAGACCUUUAUUUUCUUAAUGACUUUUUUCCAUUAUUGAGAGCAGGGUAUUGAAGUCUCCAACUACUGUAGAACUGCUUUUUCCUAUCAAUUUUUGAGUUAUAUAUUUUCUUGGUCUGUUAAUAGUUUCAUAAAUGUUUAUCAUUAUUAUACCUUUUGCCGUAUAAAACCUUUUAUUAUAGAAAAUGUCCAAAUUUAUGUUGUAUACUUACUUUUAUGGAAUGUUUUUCCAUCCUUUCACUUUCCACCUAGUUGUGUCUUUGGCUGUAAAGUUAGUCUCCAUCGACAGCAUAUAGUUAGAUAAUGUUUUAAACAUCCAUUGUGUCAGUCUGUGUCUUUUGAUGGAGAGUUUAAUCUAUUUACAUUAACAUCAUUAUGAUGAGGGAUUUACUUCUGUGAUUUUGCUAUUUGUUUUCUCUAUGGCUUUUAUGCCCUCCAUUUUCUAUAUUACUAUCUUUUUUUAAAUUUUUUUAAUGUGAAGUGUUUUAAUUCCCUUCUCAUUUCCUUUUGUGUAUAUUUUAUCACUAUUUUCUUUGUGGUUACCAUGGAGAUUAUCUUGA